ACCCUGCUUUCUUUACCAGUUGCUUCUGCCCUUUUUAGGAGCUGAAGGAGAGCCUGAAGGGAGGUUGAAAUUGACUUUGGAGCCACUGAUGGCUCAGAGUCUGGGCUCAGGUGUGAGUAACCUGGCAGUUUUGGGAGUGCCCAAUUCUAGGACAGCUGCUGCUGGCACCUUGUGGGGGCCAUGCUGUGAACUUGCAGGAGACAAGGGGAGGGUCUGGGGCCUGCAGGGGGAUGUGGCAUGGAGCAGCCACACAGGCCCCCGGGUGUGCUGGCACCUGAGGGUGACAUGGGAGUGCGCUGGGGCCCCAGUCAGCGUCACUGAUGGGCUUUCUUCAUUUCCAGUCCAUUUUCGCUACGUGGUGUUUCAUCCAUUCCUAGACGAGAUUCUGAUUGGGAAGAUCAAAGGCUGCAGCCCAGAAGGAGUGCACGUCUCUCUAGGCUUCUUCGAUGACAUUCUCAUCCCCCCAGAGUCACUGCAGCAGCCAGCCAAGUUCGACGAAGCGGAGCAGGUGUGGGUGUGGGAGUAUGAGACGGAGGAAGGAGCGCACGACCUCUACAUGGACACCGGCGAGGAGAUCCGCUUCCGGGUGGUGGACGAGAGCUUUGUUGACACAUCCCCCACGGGGCCCAGCUCAGCAGAUGCCACCACUUCCAGUGAGGAGCUGCCAAAGAAGGAGGCUCCAUACACGCUUGUGGGAUCCAUCAGUGAGCCAGGCCUGGGCCUUCUCUCCUGGUGGACCAGCAACUAGCCCUGGGGCUGGACAGUGGACCCUACCAGCUUGCAGGAAGGUGCUUACGGCAGUCUGUGAAGACAAGAGCAGCUAAGGCUGAUGCUAACAGCAGCUGAGGCUAAUGUGUCUCGAGCUGGACAGUGGGGCAGGGCCAGGAGUGCCCACCAGCUUGCCCCCCUCCUCCACCAUCUAGGCCCUGCUCCUCCCCCCGGAGCUUCUCAAGUCGCUGCUUUCAGUGACAGCAAAGCCAUUUAAUAAACAAUGGCAGCAUCAGAAGGGAAGGGGCCACCCUUGUCUCAAUGGCCAGUGUUAUGAUCUGAGGUCACUCAGUUCCUGUCGCUGGGACAGCAUGGCCUCUCUUACCGCAGAGAUGGGCUCCCCCAACCCCCACCAGGUGGCAGCACGUGGGGGCUGUGAGCUCUGGGCUGCCCCAGGCUGGCCGAGCCUAGUGGAGCCAUAAAGUACAUAGGGAGUAAGGCUGGCUUGCCUGGGGUGGCUGCUUUGGGCACUGGAAGCUGCCAGUUGGAAUUGAGUGGGCAUGAAGGGGAGGCACCUUCCCACCAGCUUGUGGAAAAAGGUGGGGUAGCCCCUGAGCUCUAGGAGACCAGUUCCUGAUCAAAACAGUGGAGGCUCUGGGCUUUGCUGGUACCCCCUACCCAAAAUUCAUGAUACAAGACAGCAGCAAACCUGGGACCACCUGUCCCUCAGAUCUCAGCUAUUGCCAUGAGCACCUUGUGGGACUGCUGGUAACACCCCAGCUCUGGGCCCACAGCGUUUCUUCAGCAGCAUGGCUUCGCAGGGUUCCUCCUGCCCCUCUGCCGACACCAGGACGCUUGCCUUACAGUAAGUUUUGUCCUGGUGAUGGGGCCUCCAUGGAACCUGCCUCCUGCCCUGGCCUCUUCGGCUCUCACAGGACCCCCAAGUGUGGAGGUGCUGGCUGGUGGUGUCAGCUGAUGCCACUCCUUUUCCAGAUGGCCUCAUCUGCUAUUGUGCCCACCCUCAGUGUUUAGAGGGCUACAUGAGGCCAUGCCUGGCAUAUCAGUGCCCAGGGAAGAUGGAGAGUGAAGGCCACUCUCUGGGAGACUCAAUUCUGGCCCAGCAGGGAAGCUACAGGAACAUGGGGGGCAGGGCUGCUCUGCAGGUGGGGUGGGGUGGGAGGUGACAGAACAUUUCUGCCACACCUCAGGUCUCCUUCACCGCAGUGAUGGAUCCAACUGUGGCUGUGGCUGUCGGGCCUCCACUGACCUUGACUGAAAAGACCCUUCCUGGACCCUGAAGCUGAUAACAAACGGCACAGACACCAAUCACUUACUCAUAGAACAGUCACUGGUUUUGGAUUCUUGUUUUCCUUGCAAGAACAAAAGGUUCUCUAGAAUCCUUCAGCCAACGAAAUGAUCAGGCAGGAGAAAAACUUUAGAUGGGAGUGUUGUCAUCAAAAAUAAAUACAGUUGCAUGGAUCUGCUUAA